GGAAUUCUAAGUUAUCCUUCUUUUUUUUUUUUUAGUUCUUGUCUCGGUUGCCGUUCUGGUUAUGAUUGUGUAAUUUUUCUGUUUGUGGACGGCUAUUGGGGCAUGCAAUGGAUUUCCGUUUCUCCUCCCUGUGGAUGAUUGGAGGCGGUGAUUGUGCUUUCUGGCGAGACUGUUCUGGUUUAGGCCAUCUGUGCGUAGGCAGUGGCUUGGACUGGGUUGUGGCUUUUGGGCUUCGGUAUGUCUAAUGUCUGAGCUUCAGUCCUUUGUACUGGUCAGGCUUUUUAAUGCAAACAAUGCACGAUAAACAGAAAAAAAAAAAAAAAAAAGCUAAAAUAAAUUGUCCUCUCAUCUUAAAAAAAUAAUACUAAUAAAAUUGCAAGUCGGAAGCGAAGGCAACUGCGUUGGGACCGCCGGCGAUAGAUUUUGCCAACAAUAAUCUCCAAUACUGCACCUCAAUUGCCGUUUCAACUCCCGUGUUCAAUUUUCCGAAUGUGAUAGCGAUCUCUGUAUGCUGUACCGGACUCGAAGAGCUCAGGUAUGGAUAGAUGCCUAUCCACCAAGUAUUAAUCGCUUUAGUUACUACGACUUGAAAAGCUUCUUCAAUUCUCACAAACGCCUCUAAUGGCGGAGCCUUCACAGUUCGAUCCUCAUCGCGUUCUUGCUCAUAGAUUCCCUGAGUCAAUCUACGUUUAUACCGAAAGAGAUGCAGCGGUUUAUGCUUUGGGCGUUGGAGCAUGUGGCCGCGAUGCCAUUGAUGCUGAGGAGCUUAAAUUUGUCUAUCAUGAAAAAAGACAGCAAUCUAUCCAGGUCUUGCCAACAUUUGCUGCUCUAUUUUCACUUGGAUUGAUGAAAAAUGGGAUCAAUUUGCCUGGCUUGCAAUAUGAUCCGCGGCUUCUGCUGCAUGGACAGCAAUAUAUAGAACUGUACAAGCCAUUUCCAUCAAGUGCAUCUAUACAUAAUAAAGUUAGUCUCGCUGGAUUGCAUGACAAAGGGAAGGCAGCCAUUGUUGAGAUUGAAACAAAAAGUUACGAGAGAGAGUCUGGCGAAUUAUUAUGCAUGAACAGAUCAACUGCUUAUCUUCGAGGUGCUGGUGGCUUCUCAAACUCAACUCAUCCAUAUUCUUACACCAAUUAUCCAAAAGACCAGGUUGCAGCUAUAAAAAUUCCAAAAAGUCCACCUUUUGCAGUAUAUGAAGAUUUCAUUCAACCAUCUCAGGCAUUGUUAUAUAGGCUUUCUGGUGAUUUUAAUCCCUUGCAUUCAGAUCCUAUGUUUGCUAAAGUUGCUGGAUUUCCCCGUCCAAUAUUGCAUGGGCUAUGUACACUUGGGUUUGCAGUUAGAGCCAUCAUCAAACGUAUUUGCAGAGGAGAUGCAAGUUUAGUUAAAAACAUAUCUGGUCGAUUCCUUUUACAUGCGUACCCUGGUGAAACCUUAAUCACUGAGAUGUGGCUGACAGUCACAGGCCUGAGGGUUAUAUAUCAGGCAAAGGUAAAGGAAAGAAAACGAGCAGUCUUGUCAGGCUUUGUGGACCUCCGUCGUUUAACAUCAGCAUUGUGAAAUUAG